GUAUCCGGAAGUGAGCCGAAAAAAAAAGAAAGAGUUUAGUCAACUGAGCAAAUUGGGGUUAGAGAAAGCAAGGGGAGGGGAAGAAAGACUUCAUGACAUUAAAACUCAUUCAUUAAUUCGAAUGAGAGACCGAACGCCUGCUCGAACAUAAAACACUUUUCCACGUCCUUGCUCGCGCUUGAUUCAACUUUCAAAACCUCCUGGCCGAGUUUUUCUUUUAACAGAAACUAUUAUUUGUAUCUAAUAAAAUUUAAGGAAGCAUCGGUCCAAUCAAAGAGACAGGCGCGUGAAACAUCUGAUCCUCGCGUUACUUCACUCGCUCGGGGUUUGACUUGUUGGCGGGGCGUUGGUGCCUUGGACUUUUUUUUUCCUCUUCUCUCCUUCUGUCCUUCGCGGCUCGGUCCACUACGCUGCUCGAGAGGAAUCUGAUUUAUUCGAUCACACUACUCCUAAACCAACACAUUAAAAUGGCCGGAUCCAACAGCAUCGAUGCAGUGAAGAGAAAGAUCAAAGUUUUACAACAGCAGGCAGAUGAGGCAGAAGAAAGAGCCGAGAUUUUGCAGAGACAAGUCGAAGAGGAGAAGCGUGCCAGGGAGCAGGCUGAAGCAGAGGUGGCCUCUCUGAACAGGCGUAUCCAGCUCGUUGAGGAAGAGUUGGAUCGUGCUCAGGAGAGACUGGCCACAGCCCUGCAGAAGCUGGAGGAAGCUGAGAAGGCCGCAGAUGAGAGCGAGAGAGGGAUGAAGGUGAUUGAGAACAGGGCUCUGAAGGAUGAGGAGAAGAUGGAGCUCCAGGAGAUCCAACUCAAGGAGGCCAAGCACAUUGCUGAGGAGGCCGACCGCAAAUAUGAGGAGGUGGCACGUAAGCUGGUGAUUGUUGAGGGAGAGUUGGAGCGCACAGAGGAAAGAGCAGAGCUUGCUGAGAGCAAAUGUGCUGAGCUGGAGGAGGAGCUGAAAAAUGUCACCAACAAUCUUAAGAGUUUGGAGGCCCAGGCUGAGAAGUAUUCCCAGAAGGAAGACAAGUAUGAGGAAGAAAUCAAGAUCCUCACUGAUAAGCUGAAGGAGGCUGAGACCCGUGCUGAGUUUGCUGAGAGGUCUGUGGCCAAACUGGAGAAAACCAUUGAUGAUUUGGAAGAGAAACUGAGAAGUGCUAAAGAGGAGAACAUCAAGAUCCAUGCCACUCUGGACCAGACCCUGAGCGAGCUCAAUAGUUUCUAAGGAAGACCUGGAGCAGGAAAAAAAACGUCCUCUUCCCUUCCUGACACCCUCAUCUCAUUUUGGUUUCUUUGUCUCUGCACACCUGAUUCUUCUGUUUUUCUGAUCCCUUUUCUUUCUUUCUUUAUCUGCUGGAGGAUGGGUUCACCAAGCCAACCAGUAAAAAUGCGGUGCCUCUUGGUGGUUCAAAAGUACUUCAAUCUUUCUGGAGCACUUAAGCUUCACUGCUCAUCUCCUCAGAAAAUCCCAAGUGGUUUCAGGAACAAUCUACUAUGGUAUUCCUAAAGUGUCAAAUGUUAAAUGCUAGCCAUAUGGUAGCACUUUGGUCUUUUGACCAUCAGCCAAAACUCUCAAUAAUGAUUUUUCAUUUUACUGAAAGCUGAUUUACUUAACAUUUUGUAUCAGUAUCCAGUAUCAGCUUGGCUUUAGAAUCCUUUUUUUCCUGUUGGUCAUGUGACAGGAUGUUUUUGCUGGUCUUGUUGAUGCCUGAUCCACUGCUCCUCUUCACACUCUUCUUCCUGCACAAGUUUCUGCUGCUUGUUUGUCGGUGUCACAGGUUUUGGGACCAAAACCACAUCAUGUGGUCUGUAACAGUAUGCACAACCAUGCGAGGAACUUUUUUUUUUUUUUUUAUUAUUAAAAGCAUUUGCUUCCAUUUGGAGUUUUUGAGUAAUAUAUGUAUUCUUUGAUGGGUUUAAUCCCCCGCAUUUUAACACAAAACUUUUCUUUUGCAAACCACUAUUUGAAAUCCUGCACUGCUAUGGGCUUAUGGUGGCAGAGGAGCCCAAGUCAUGGUUUCUUCAGGUGGCAUGGUUUGUUAUUUUCAGUUAGUUUUAAUUGCUUUAAAGAGCCAUAUUCUAUCCAAGGAAGAAAGGUUGAAGAUAUAAUUUUUUUUUUUUUUUUUUGCGAGUUCAAAGCAGUGGCACUGCCAGAUUCGAAAGGUCCAAAAGCCGUGCAGAUCUAAAUCUGUAUUAUGAACACAGUAAAUGGGAGUGAAAUGUAACACUUAAUAGUAUACAGAUUAAAAGGGGUGAACACAUAGUUUUAACUGGAAAAAGCCCACAAUGAUGUGUAAUCACUUGUUACUGUCUGUUUCUUGUAUAAUGAUACUUAAAUUUCUUCUCUUUU